AUGAAGAUAAGCAAUGUGAUACUGGUCCAAGGCCAACAACUGACCAACAAACUAGUCAACGAAACUUCAUCAGGUACUAUUUUCUUCGAAAAAGACCAUAAUCACUUAAAACCUCCACUUUUGCCUCACCAAAUCCUCCAUUAUCUCAGGGCACCCCAAUUUAUUCCUAAUCCUGAAAAUUUUAACCUAUCUAAACCUUCAUAUGAAGAUUAUAUAGCACGAAGGCACAGUGUCAGAGAGUUUACUCCUUUAAGUAUUGAAAACGAGCAUAGUCCUGUUAUGAGAUAUUUAUCAUUAUUAACGAAUGAUCCUAUGAUGAAAAGAUCUAUGAGCUUAUUAGGAGAUUUCCAAAAGACUGAUGAAAUGAAGUCUUUACAAAAACCUCAUAUGCCACAGCUCGUGGCCAGACCUUAUAGUCCUUAUAGGCCUCAAAUCCAAAAACGAGCUAUUGGGAAAAAGCAAAAUAUAAAUAAUGCUAAAGACAAUAAGAAAAUAAAAACAAAGAGAAAUAUGAAAAAAGAAAUUAAUGUGAAUGCAGAGUCAAGAAGGAUGAGGAAUGAGAAUAAAGCAAAGAUUAGAAACCCAAGCUUUAAUAGGCUGGCUAGAGUUAAAGAAGAAAUGAUAAAUUUUAAGCCGACUAUUCAGAAAAACCAUGAAAUCAAUUUAAGAAUUCAAAAAAGGUCAAAUUCGCAGCCUCAAAUUAGCCGGAUUGGCUGGGAAAAGUUAAAAAUUCAUUUAUAA